CUCCCAACUGCACGCCAGCCAGAACAAGAUGCCGGAUCGACUGCAUACGGACAUUCCUGGACUAUGGCCCUUCGCCGCCGAGAUGUAAUUAUCGCAGCAAUCGUCGCGUUCAUCGCUUGGGGAUUCGUCACCCACUGGAUCCCCACCCUACGCUAUCUCCCCUAUGCCUUCUGCGCCGGCGUUGCCAGCACCGCCGCCCUCCUGCUAUGGUUUACACUCACGACCUCGAGGGAUCUGCAAUACUGGAAUAAUGGGGAGGCUCUAUACGGAAGCAGGACGGUGGCACUUGUUGCGCCCGGGUUAUGGACCGCGGAAACGGGGGCGUUGACCAAGAGGUCCUUAUACGAAAAAGAGCGGCUAUAUCCACAAUCAAUUGUCAUUUCCGAUAAAAUUGAUGGCCUAAUCGACCUUACACUUCGAGACUUUGUGCAAACUUGGUACGGAAAAAUCAGUCCAAGGCCGACCUUCACCAAUGAGGUUGAUCGAGCAGUCCGGGCUGCGCUGGUGGAUAUACGGGAUAGGAUGUUUGCAGUGGACAUAGUCGAAGUGGUGGUAUCUAGAAUGGUGCCCCUCAUUACUGGACAUAUGAAAGACUUCUAUGAGGCGGAGCGAGUUGUUCGCGGCAAAAAGCUCACUCGCAGUCUCACGGAAUCUGAAGAGGUCGAUCUUGCUGUUGCAGCCAAGUAUAAGGAUGGGAAAUUGCACUCAGCAGCGUCUCUGGCGUCUUCGAAUACGAAACUUGUACAGCAACAGUAUUUGCGAAGCAUCGUCACAAGAUUGAUUCCGAAAGUCCUACCACCGGCCAUGACCACUAGCUCUACUGUGCUCGUAUUGAUCAAGGAGGUAGUCGCAUGCGCAGUCUUGUUUCCGGUGAUGCAAAUGCUCUCUGAUCCGGACACAUGGAAUCAAUUGAUGGAGGCAUAUGGCCGAAGCGUGCUACAAGACCGCAAGACAGUUCGCAAGCUCCGCGCUGCUCUCGAUGAGCAUGCUCCCCCUUCGCCAAUAUCUCCAAAGAACGUCCAGUUCCCGAAGUUGUCUCCUAACGACAACGAGCGAAAAUUUGAGAGGUUCAUUCGAGCCAUCAGGCAGACCAACACCCUUGCCGAUGCACGCCGCUUCCGGAGCGAGAUUGCAGGACAACUACGUCGGGAAUCAGCUGUAGAAGGGCAAGACUCUAUGUAUCUUCGCCGGCUUGAGACUGCAAAGCGAAUCCUAGACCAAAAGGUUACCACUCUGGGUGCCGGGGGAUCAGUCAAAGGAAAACUGUCAAUUCAGCCGCCCCAAUCGGGGCACAGGAGAACGGCCUCCAAAUUCGAGAAAGCAUCUUUGAGAGAUAUCCUAUAUGAUGCCACUGGGCUAUCUUGUUUCAUGGAGUACAUGGAUCGUUUGAAUCUUAUGCGCCUAGUCCAGUUCUGGAUUGUCGUCGAUGGCUUUCGCAACCCUCUAGAGCAAGGUACAGACGAACCGGAGGACUACUUUGGAACAAAGGCCUCAUGGACAGACUCAGAUCGUGCUGAUCUUGCGCAAAUAAACAAUGACUACCUAACGAGACCCGAGCUGAAAGUUACACCCCAGGCUCGACAAGCUGUCAAAGACUUCUUGGCAGCUGGAAGAACCGCUACCCCUUUACAGUAUCAGGUAGCUCGUAGGGCUAUUCUACAGGCUCAAACGGCUGUGUAUGAAGAUAUGACGGAACCCCACUUUCGACGUUUCAAGAAGUCGGAUCUUUAUUUCAAGCUACUCGCCUUGGACGAAGCGUCUGGCCCAAGCCCAUCUAGUCCAACGAAGGCCAAUAAUAGCGUUCCUAAUGCUACGAGAGCUCCCACUAUACCACCUGCUAAAAUGGCUCGUGCACAGACGUCACGACACGUUUUGCACGUCCCCGAUCUACGCAGAGCCGCUGUGUCUUCGUCAGAUCUCAAAGGUUACAAUAAGUCUCUUGAAACAGAACCCCCACUCAGACGCUCAUUAGAUGGGGGCCGUGCGCCGUUGUUUGACGACGACUACGAUAGCGAUCCCCUGGCUCGAUCUACACAAAGCCUCGACUCAGAGCCUGAACAUGCACGUCCCGCUGGUAACGAUGCUAAGAUCGUUGAUGCCAUGCAAGCAGCAUUGAACGAUAUUAUGGAGGACAAGCCUGACAAAGGGUCAAUAUUCUCUGAGCAGGGCGUCAGUGCUCUCAAUUCUCCUCUGGACAAUGAGUCCAUGAAAGGUUCGAUCGAGCUACCCCGUGCUACUUCGCCAAUGCCAUUGAUGUCGAAAAAGGAGAGGGAGAAGAAGAGUAUUGCCUCUCUUGGACUCGUCGGCGAACCAUCUCGUCUUGGAGUCUUCACAGAAGACGACCUGUUCGGCGAUGAGGAAAAGUUCCUUGAAGACGAGGUUGAAGAUCCUGACGUUGCUCAGAAUACUGACGACGAAGAGAUUCACGAAGCUGCUCCUGGAGAUCUAGGACUAGCCGAAGCGAUUGACGCCCUCACUGCAGAUAUCGAGAGACUGGUAGCACAGGAUUCUAUCGUGGACUCGCUCACUACGAAGGCUGAACUGACAAACAAUGCUGCAGAGCUUAGAAUUCUCCGUAAAUCUAAAGCAAGCUUACAGAGAGAGAUACAUCGUAAAGAGCUACAGAGGCAGCAAUACAUUGUUCAAGAAAGUGACAAUAGCUUAUACGGCCGUGCCACUGUCUUCAUCCAAUCUAUCAUGGUGGGAAACGAAGAGGACGGUCGAGAAUACGCAAUGUACGUCAUUGAGGUCCGACGUCGAGCUGGAGACCAAAUGCCCGCUGCAGCGUGGGUGGUGACACGCCGAUAUAGCGAGUUCCAUGACCUGAACAAAAGGCUCCGCGCGAAAUAUCCACAAGUCAGAAAUCUUGAGUUCCCUCGUCGACAGAUGGUCUUGAAGUUGCAGAAAGACUUCCUACAGAAGAGAAGGCUAGGACUAGAAAGAUAUCUACGGGAACUCCUCCUCAUCCCCGCCAUUUGUCGCAGCCGUGAACUCCGCGCCUUCCUCUCUCAAGCCGCCAUCUCCCCUACAGACCCCAACUCCUCCCAAGCUUCCGACAGCCGCGACUUCGUCACGCGCAUCUACAACUCCGUCACCGACGGCAUGGAAGAAUUCCUCGGCAACAUCCCCGUCCUCGACCAGCUCUCCGUCGCCGGCCAGAACCUCAUCUCGGCCGCGACAUCGCAGCUGGCCCAAAACGGCGGCAGCGGCGCCCCAGUGGUCCCGACCUCUACCCUCCUGGGCGCGGGCCCCGACCACCCAACCACCGACGCCGAAGCAGAGGCCGAGCUGCGCGCCUUCGAGAACCGCGAGCUCGAGCCCUUCGUCAAGCCCAUCUGCGACCUCUUCCUCGAAGCCUUCGAGCUGAACCGCGAGACCAACUGGCUGCGCGGGCGCGCCGUCGUCGUCGUGCUGCACCAGCUGCUCGGCGGCACCAUCGAGCGCAAAGUGCGCGAGCACGCCAAGCUCUUCCUGGCCGAGGCCAACGUGCUCAAGUACCUCGAUCUGGCCCGCGACACCAUGUGGCCCGCGGGCGGGACGCUGCGCGAGGCCGCCGCCGCCGCCGCGCCGCGCACGGCGGCGGACAAGGCGCGCAGUCGCAAGGAGGCCGGGCUGGUGCUCGCGACGCUGGUGCCGGAGCUGGCGGGGAGUGUGGUGGGCAGGGCGAAUGCGCAGGCCGCGAGUCGGAGGGUUUUGGCAACGGUGAAUAAUCAGCGGUUGAAUGUGGUUGGUAGUACGCAUCUUGCGUUUACGCUCCUGGACGAGGCCGUGGGGGUUAUGUUUCCGGAUGUUGUGAUGAAGUGAGAGAUAGAGUGCCGUGCGUGCAUCGCAUUGGUGGUGUUUAGGCGUUUGAGCGUUUGAGCGUCUCGUUGAGGUGCGCGGUUGAUCAUGGGGAAAAGAAACAGGGGAGCAUUGCAGGCGUAUUUGGUUCCGUACUUCGGCAAUAGCAUUGGAUCUUGCGCAUUUAGACGACAUGUCUAUAGAAGGCCAUCGCUAACCUCUUGGCGUGGUGAUAUGAUGUUGCUAUCUGACUACAGCAAUAAGGCACGUCAAUUCACUCUAGCCAUCAUGAUAAAGGUCAUAUUAUGGUAUACGCAAUUCAUUACAACCCCC